UGUUCAAAACUGACAUAGUUGAUUAAUGAUUUUCAAUUUGACAUAAAGUAUUAUUUAAAACGGCAUUAUAAUUUACUAAAUAGUUAACUUCAUAAAGAUGAUGUAUAUUGCUGAAAAUAAAAAUAUUAUUUUUUUUUUCAUAGUACUUUUAUAAUACAGUACAAUAGCUCUACUACAUUUGUAGUAUGUCGUAUGUCUAACUCAAUCGCCUAAAUUCUAAGAUACCAAUAUUUUUAUAUUAGAUAUGGAUGCUAAUAAUAAAGAAGAAAGACCACUAAAUCCAAGAUCCAAAGCUAAUUUAUUUGAAAUUAUCACUUUCAGUUGGAUCUUAAAACUUGUUCAAAAAGGAUUGAAAAAAGAAUUAGAUGUAAUAGAUUUAUAUACAAUUCUAGACGAAGAUUCAUCUGCCCUAUUGGGAUCCAAAUUAGAGAAAAUAUGGAGUAAAGAGCAAAGAACUGCAACAAGGAAAAAUAAAAAACCUAGUUUUUUAAACGCACUGUUUCAAAUGUUUGGGUCAAAAUUAAUUAUUCAUGGAAUUUAUUUAGCAAUAACUGACAUGGUAUUUAGUAUUAUCCAAACGAUUUUUGUGGGAAAAAUAAUAUCACACUUCGAAACAAAAAAUACAAAAAACCAAUUUAAUAUUGUAGUAUAUUAUGCUGUUGGUUUAAUAAUAGCUUGUUCAUUAAAAACAUUCAGUUCAAACAGUUACAAUAUGAUGAGUUCACAUUUAGCAAUGAAAAUGCGAGUAGCAACUUGUGAUCUCAUUUAUAAUAAGGCAUUACGGCUAAAAACAAAUUCCCUCGAAACUACUACAGGCCGAAUAGUAAACUUGAUGUCAAAUGACGUAAUUCGAUUUGAUUUAACAAUUGUAUAUAUAGGAUAUAUAUUCAUUGGCCCUAUAGAAACAAUUAUGGUAACGUACUUCCUAUGGAAAGAAGUAGGCGUGGCAUCAAUACUUGGUGUAGCUACAUUUAUUAUUUUUAUACCAUUACAAGUAUGGUUGGGUUCAAUUGUAUCAAAUUAUCGACUGAAAACAGCUAAUAGAACAGAUGCCAGAGUAAAUUUAAUGAAUGAAAUAAUUUCUGGCAUACAAGUAAUUAAAAUGUAUACUUGGGAACAUUUUUUUACCAAACUAAUUGAAUUUGCCAGAAAGAAAGAAAUCGACCAAAUUACUAAAACAGCAUACAUCAAAGCUACAUUAUUGUCAUUUUCUGUAUUCAACACAAGACUCGCUUUGUUUUUAAGUGUUCUUUUAUAUGUAGUACUUGGAAACUAUAUAACUGCAUCAAAGGUUUUUAUAAUAACAUCGUACUAUAAUAUUUUGAGAGUGUCUAUGGCGGUUACUUUUCCAGUUGGAAUGGGUUUGAUUGCUGAAUUAUUAGUCUCGAUAAAAAGAAUUGAAGAUUUUCUUUUACGCGAAGAAAAAGAUGAACGAUCAAUAACCCAAAUGAAAACAAAAAAUGGUUUCGAAAAUGCAAAACUCAAUGAUGGCAAUACAGUAUCAAAUAAUAUUAUCAAUCAAGAUGGAACUGAACAAUCAAAUGAUUUUUGUAUAGUUGUUUCAAACGUUACUGCAAAGUGGACAGAAUCUCAAAAUGAUAAUACUUUAGAAAAUAUAAAUUUAACUGUGAAACAUGGUCAUUUGAUUGCAAUAAUAGGUCCAGUAGGAGCCGGAAAAAGUUCAUUGAUACAAGCGAUCUUGCGAGAAUUAACACUGUCCAAAGGAAGUAUUUUAGUACACGGUGUAGUGUCAUACGCAUCUCAACAACCCUGGUUAUUUGCAGGUUCUGUUCAACGAAAUAUUCUAUUUGGCUUGCCAAUGGAUAGAAAACGUUAUAAUAAAGUUAUAGAAGUGUGUGCGUUAAAAAUAGACAUAGAACAAUUUCCGUAUGGUGAUAAAACAAUUGUGGGAGAAAGAGGAAUAUCUCUUAGCGGUGGACAAAGAGCAAGAAUAAAUUUGGCGAGAGCUAUAUACAAAGAUGCAGAUGUUUAUUUACUGGAUGAUCCUCUGUCAGCUGUCGACAAUCACGUUGGCAAACACUUGUUUUCAAAAUGUAUAAUAGAAUUCCUCAAAGAAAAAACGUGUAUACUUAUUACUCAUCAAUUACAAUAUUUAACGAAUGUAGACCAAAUAAUAUUAAUGGAAAAUGGGGAAAAAAUAGCAGAAGAUUCGUACAAAAACCUUCAAGAAUCCGAAUUCAAUUUUACAAAAAUGUUAGGGUCUCCAGUAGAACCUAUCAUAACUAAUGAUAAUGAAACAAUUACGAUAGGUACAAGACCAAAUUUUCGAAGUCAAAAUUCCAUGUAUACUCGACAAGUAUCUGUAUUGAGUGUUACGUCAACUGUCGAAGAAAGUAAUUACAAUGAUGUUCAAGUAGAAGUUGUAGAAGUUGUUGAACCAAUUGAAUUAGCUGAAACUCGUUCUUUUGGUAAUUCCGGAUUCAGUAUUUACUCAUCAUAUUUCUCUGCUGGUGGACACAAGUGUAAAAUCAUAUUAUUUUUAUUAAUAUGCAUCUUUACUCAAGUACUAUCUUCAAGUGGUGAUUAUUGGAUAACUUACUGGAUAAAUUUAGAAGAACAUGUUUUUUUUUCAAUUGAUCAUUUAGAGUCCAAUAAUAAUAGAUCAUUGACAAACAAUCCAUCUAAUACAUUAAUUCCAUGGAUAGUAUCUCGUAAUACAUGUAUUAUCGUGUUUACUGUGAUUACAUUAUCAAUUAUAAUAUCUACAUUAAUUAGAUCAGCUUUAUUUGUAUCAGUAUGCACAACAUCUUCUACAAAUCUACAUAAUCGUAUGUUAGGUUCAAUCAUAAGAGCUACAAUGUACUUUUUCAAUAAAAAUGCAUCAGGACGAAUACUUAAUCGUUUUUCAAAAGAUCUAGGUUCCAUUGAUGAAAUGUUACCCUUCGUAUUGAUGGAUGUAAUACAAAUUGGAUUAAUUGUGAUUGGGAUAUUAAUAAUUGUUGGAAUAACGAAUCCCUACUUUAUUAUACCAACAUUAAUCAUAGUAUUCAUAUUUUUCAAAAUAAGAAAUAUUUAUAUGACAAUAUCACAAAGUAUUAAACGUUUAGAAGGAGUCACACGAAGUCCUGUAUUUACUCAUUUAAAUGCAUCACUUCAAGGAAUAACCACUAUAAGAGCAUUUGAAGCGGAAGAAAUUCUUUCCACGGAGUUUUCUAUCCAUCAAGAUUUACAUUCUUCGGCUUGGUAUUUAUUUAUUUCUUCAAGUAGAGCAUUUGGAUUUUGGUUGGAUUUAACCUGUCUUAUAUAUAUAAGUAUUGUGACCUUCUGUUUGUUAUUUAUUAGCAAUGACACAUAUAGUGGAAAUGUUGGUCUUGCCAUAACUCAGUCAAUAGGGCUAAUUGGGUUGUUUCAAUGGGGAAUGAGACGAUCGGUAGAAUUGGAAAACCAAAUGACAUCAGUUGAGAGAGUACUCGAGUACACAACUUUACCCCAAGAACCAGCACUAGAAUCACCUCAUUGUAAUAAUAAAAAACCACCGAAGAAGUGGCCUAAUAAAGGUCGAAUAACAUUUAAUAAUUUUUAUCUACGGUAUGCCAUAGAUACGCCUUAUGUUUUAAGCAAUCUCAACAUUAACAUUGAACCGAUGGAAAAAAUUGGAAUUGUCGGUAGAACUGGUGCAGGUAAAUCAUCAUUGAUUGGGGCAUUAUUUAGGUUAGCUCUCAAUGAAGGCAAUAUUAUUAUUGACAACUUUGAAAUACAUGAGAUGGGACUACACGAAUUACGAUCCAAGCUUACUUUUAUUCCUCAAGAACCAGUUUUAUUUUCAGGAACCAUACGCAAUAAUUUAGAUUUAUAUGAUGAAUAUUCUGAUCAUGAAAUUUGGAGUGCAUUAAAUGAAGUAGAACUUAAAGAUGUUGUGGAUGAUUUACCAAAUGGUCUAAAUUCAAAAAUGUCCGAUGGCGGAUCUAACUUCAGUGUAGGUCAAAGACAAUUAAUAUGUUUAGCUAGAGCAAUCUUGCAAAACAAUAAAAUUCUUGUUUUAGAUGAAGUUACAGCAAAUGUUGAUCAUCGAACAGAUGCAUUAAUCCAAAACACAAUUAGAAAUAAAUUUCAAAUGUGUACAGUUUUGACAAUUGCUCAUCGUUUGAAUACUGUAAUAGAUUCUGACAAGAUACUUGUAUUGAACGGUGGAACUGUAGUGGAAUUCGAUCAUCCGUAUAGAUUAUUAAAAAACACGAACGGAUUUUUUUAUAAAAUGGUGAAACAAACCGAUCACGCCACUGCGCGUUUGUUACAUAAAAGGACUGCAGAGAAUUACAAGAAUAUUGAUAUACGAAGAACGAAUCCUCAAUAAAGUUGAAUGAAAAUGUGUUACAUUCAACUAAAUGUUUUAUUUCAAGUGUUACAAACACUAUACUAAAUGUCUUUAAUUGUACGUAAUACAUUAAAAUUAUAUUUUAUGCAAUUAAUAAUAAAUUUGUUUUUAAUUAAC